AUGAGUGGUGCGGCGCAGGGGCCGCAGGAGCAGCCGCAAGGGAUGAUGUCACCUGAGGUGCGGCAGCAAGUGGACGCAGUGGUGAAGCAGCGGCUGGAGCAAGCUUUUGGUUCUAUGUUUGGGAAGGUUAUGCAAGCAACGGAGAAGAUGGCUACAGCUGCGGAGGCGCAGGCCUCCAUCGUGAAGCAAGAGGGGCUUACCAAGGUGAUGAAAGUGGACCCUUGGAAGCCAAGCAACAGAGAAGAAGAACUGAGGACCUGGCGCGAGUGGCAAUUUCAAUUCCUCACUUGGGUCGCUGCUCACGACGCCCGGUUCUCUGAGGAUUUGGCUGCUAUAGACGUGGAUGUGCCUGAGGACCACGCUCUAAUGGACCCCGCGAAGGCCCAGCGCUCGCAAAAGCUUUAUGCAAUCCUGGUGUCUUUGCUUCGUGGCCGUCCCCUCCUUCUGGUCAAGGGGCUGGAGAAGGAGAGGGCCGGGCUGGAGGCGAUGAGGGUGCUUCGCCGGGAGAUGGAGCCGAAGGAGCGUGCCCGCUCCCUCGCCCUUAUGCGCCAGCUGGCAUCCUGGCAGUUCCGCGAAGGAGGCUUGCACGAGCAGCUUAUUCAGUUCGAGGAGGCCGUCGCUUCCUAUGAGGCGGCAAGUGCAAAGGUGUACCCGGAGGACUUGGUUAUUGCCAGCAUCGUGGGCGGCCUCAAGGAGCCUUUGCGUUCACAGGUGCAGUUGCGGAUGAGUGCCAGCACGAGCUACGCGGAGAUCCGUUCCUGGAUCUUGCAGUACGAGGCCGUGAACACCCCUUGGUCGACCUCUCUUUCAGUUCGCGGCGGUGGCAGUCAAGGCGGAGGACCGCAGCCCAUGGAGAUUGACCAGAUUUGGGGUAAAGGCAAAGACGGCAAAGGGAAGAAGGGCGACAAAGGGAAGCAAGGCAAGGACGGCAAAGGAAAGAAGGGCGACAAGGGCGGCAAGAACGGCAAGCAGCCAGGGCAAUGGAAGCAGCCAGGACAGUGGAAUCAACAAGGACAGUGGAAUCAGCAAGGACAGUGGAAUCAGCAAGGACAGUGGAAUCAGCAAGGACAGUGGAAUCCGAAGGGCAGCAGCCAGUGGAAGCAGCAGCAGCCGAGUGGCAAGGGCAAUCCUGGACGGGGCAAAGGAAAGGGGCAAUGCCACACAUGUGGGCAGACAGGCCAUUGGAAGUGGGAGUGCCCGUUCAAAGGAAAGGGCAAGGGAGUUCACCAGAUUGACGGUGGCUCCUCUUCAGCGUCUACGGCCCCGUCGGCAACCAGCACAAGCACUGCUCCUUCUUCGGCUGGCGCCUUGAACAAAGCAGGAGGAUACAACGUGAACAGGGUCGAGGUCAAUUUGGGCACACCCCCCGGGUGCGAGGUGACCCAGCUCUUCGACAUUAGCGAGCUCGAUGACCCCGACGACCUGUGGGAUUUCUCCUUGGAGCCGAGCGAGGUGAUGGUGAUUGUGGCGUGCCCCGGGCCAUCGUGGCUUGACACCCUCGAUGAAGAUUGGGUCUGGGAUCGGGAGCCUAGCGUGCCCACCUUCGAGAUGAACGCCACCGACGGCGAUGAUGAUUGGACCGUUCCUUGGUAUGAGCCCAAUCUGCGCACCGAGGAGGAGCCCAAGGUGAUGAAUGUUCGGGCGGUCCAAGCCCAAGGCAUGGAGGUGGAAGUUGUGGUGGACUCGGGGGCCGACAUCUCAGUUGCCCCGCGCUCCUUUGGGCAGCUGGGUUCCCCCACUACUUCAGCGGCCGUGGUUAUGCACGAUGCACAAGGCCGCCGGAUCCCCGAGCUGGGCACCAGGAUCCUAGACCUGGAGGUGAGGAGCACCGAGGGCGAAGCUGUGACGAUUCGGGAGAAGUUCGCGGUGGCCAACGUUGGUUCACUUAUCCUGAGCCUUGGGCGCCUUUUGCGCUGGGGCUGGGAGUUGGGCCACGAAGGCAGCGGGCCUGUGAUCAAGCGUGACGGGUGCCGGCUGCCAAUCAGGCUGAGGAGGAACACUUUGACAAUGCUGGGGGUGGUCUCCAUGAUCAGCGCCUCGCUCGUAAACCCCGAGGCGGCGAGAGUGAAUGCCACGAGCGUCUUUGAUGACUUUGGGCCCUUACCCCCAGAGGCGGAGGAUUUGAUGACCAGGCCCGGCUGGCACAUCCUUGGCAGUGGGCUGCCUUUCCUAGUGACCCACAAGACGGAGGCGUUGCACUUGGAGCAGAGCCUUUGGUCCUCCGAGGAUUGGGCUUGGGCGGCGGUUUUUGUGAGAUCCGAGAAGGCCACCCGGCUUCCUCGAGCAGGUGACCUAUGGACCCAGGCGGCAACAAUCCCAACAGGGGAGCUUGGUGGUUUGCCAGACCGCCUGACCGAGCUGAACGAUGACCUGGUCGGGCCUCAUGACGUUUGUGUUCUUUUCCAUGUGGACCAGUUGCCGAAUGACCUCCUGAGCCAGCCCCGAGACUUCUUUAAGGAGAACGCGGACGACGGCGGCAGCAUGGAUGUGGUGGUUCCCCAGGAGGAUGAACAAGGCGGAGUUGGAGUGAUGCCAGACGAGGUCGUGGGUGCCGAGCGCGACCUUGAGGAGAAGGAGCCCGAGGGUGAAGUGAUGGAUGGUAUUGCUUUGUCGGUGGAGACCCCUCUUCGGGACCUUCGGGGGCUUUGUGAGCGGCAAGGUUUGCCAACAAGCGGCAGCAAGGGCAAGGUGCUCAGACGGCUUAAGCAGCACUAUGAGGUGCUGGAAAGGCAGAUGGCGGGGCAACUUGCCCACAAGCUCUAUAUGGAAGAGGACAGGCCUCCUGACCUCCCUCGUGCCCCACGGCUUCCCUCGGCGAGACAGCAAGAGCUGCACAGCGUGACGCACCAACCGUACGCCAAUUGGUGUGAGGCGUGUGUCCUCGGCCGUGCCAAGGCCUCCCCUCAUGCUAGGCACGAUGGUGCUACAAAGCAGGACCGCGAGGACAAGGACAAGGGCCUCCCGCUCUUCCAGAUUGACUACGCCUACACUUUUACGAGAAAGCGGGAGGAAGAGCAGGAAGCCCAAGAGGAGGAGGAGAGCGAGGACAAGAUUGACCCGGUUGACUAUCAAGACCAGUACGGCUUGACGCUGGUUGGGGCGGAGGAGCUCACGGGCUGGUGCGUAGCAAUCCCUGUGCUACAGAAGGGGUCUGCGGCUCUUAGGAGCAAGUUGGGCUUGGAGACCCAGGUGCGCUUUGUGCCGCGCGGGUCGCACCAGAGCAACGGGAUGGUCGAGAAGACGGUCCAAACUGUGCGCAAUGGCGGCCGCACCCUCCGAGCCUAUCUCGAGGACCGCUGCCGAGUGAAGGUCGAAGGCCACAACCAUAUAUUCAGCUGGGCAAUGCGGCACUCGAGUUUUAUCCACAACAGGUUCUCGCGAGCCGUGCGAGGAGCCCCUCCAUAUGAAAUUGUUUUUGGGCGGCGCUUCAAGGGCAUUCUCUUGCCCUUUGGCGAACAAUGCCUUUUCCACUCCCCCUCGAGGCACAAAGGGGAUAUGCAGUGGAGGAGGGGAAUCUAUGCAGGCCACAAUGAUAGAAACGGGGCGAGUAUCCUCCUCACCCCGGACGGCGCUUUUGAGUCCCGAAGCCUUCGUCGUCUACCGGCUGAGGAACAAUGGAAUGGCGAGAUGGUGUUGGCGGCCAAGGGAUUGCCUUGGGAUUACCAAGGGCUCAAGAAGAGGAAGCGUCCUCUAUACACGUCGAGGACCGCGCUCGUUCCGGAUUCGGCUUCUCUGCAGGAGUUGGCUAGAGCUGCCGGAGUUGCUGCUGCUGCAGCCAUUGCCAGCAACACACCGCGGCCUGAAGCAGCAGAUGAAGCAGGGUCUGACAGCCCAAGCCGAAGCAGCAGCGCAAGCAGCGGAGAGCGAGACCAAGGAGCAGACCCGGAUGAAAGGCCAGGCGGGGCAGGAGAAGAGGCAACCGUGGAGGUGCCCAGCGGCGGCGGCAUGGACACCAGUGCGGGGCGAGGAGUUUUGGAAAGGCCAGCAGAGGCGAGAGGCGGUUCCGAGCCGAAGCGGCCACGGCUACUGCUAGACCGGCCUCCUGGUUCUUCGUCUUCCCCUUCGGCACCAGCACAAGCAGAGCAGCAGCGAGAGGGCCAAGCAGGGAGCACAGGCGCAAGUGGCAGCCUUUACCCUCCUACCUUUGCCGGUGUGCGGGAGGUGACCGGUGACAUCCCCAUGGACGAGCUUGCAGAGUUUGAGCUCUGGGGCGGCGAGCUGGCAACCUACGGAAGCAGCCUCGACCAAGAGGAUUGGGUACCGGAUUGGGACCCGAAUGCCGACCGGCCGCCUGAGCUAGAAGGGGAGGAGCUGGACAGAGUCGAUCGAGCAGCCGACCUCACUGAGGUGACCCGCCUGCUCGAGAUGGGCGUCCUACGCCGACCUGCCGAUGGCGAGAGCACCGAGGGUUACACAAGGCUAACGACUAAGGUCGUCCGUGAUUGGCGGCGGCGGCCGGGCUGGACCCGCCGAUCCCGGCUGGUGGCCCGAGAAUUCCGAACAGGUUCUCCUUGGACGGAAGAGCUCUUCGCGCCUGCCUCAAGUCUUGGUGUUGUUCACAGCUUUUUGGUGUGGGCUGUCUCCGCAGGCCUUGAAGUCGUGAGUCUCGACAUAAAGGACGCGUAUCUUCAAGUUCCACAGCCCAGCCCAGCAAUCAUCACCGUGGAUGCGCGGAUCUUCUCGGAGGAGGCGACCGGCCAGGUGACGUAUGUUCUUGAGCGCCUCCUUCCAGGGCAACGCGUGGGAGCCAGCUCUUGGUACAACUACGCCAAGGAGAUGCUCCAGGAUGCUGGGAUGGAAAAUUUCAUCAAAGAGCCGACCUUAUUCAGAAGCCAGAGGGGCAAGGAGCGUGCAGGACUUAUCCUCCACGCGGAUGACGGGCUACUUGCCUCCUCUCCCAAGGAACGAGAACGGCUUCUUCAAAGUAUUGGGUCCAAGGUGAGCGUCCAGAUGAGCAGCCCUCUUUUGAGGGUUGGUGAUGAAAUUGAAUUUCUCAAAAGGCGCUAUGCGCUGACGGAGGAAGGGCUUCUGGUGUUCCCCAGCAACCGCUACGCAGAGGCCUUGUUUGCAGGAGUGGGAAAAGAGGCAAAGGUGCGGGACACACCCGCAGACGCAAGUUUCCUGGAGAUAGACUCAAGCGAGGAGCUCGACAGUGACAAGGCCCGGCUCUACCGCGAGGCAACGGGAAGGCUCUUGUACUUGAGUCACUCCCGAGGGGACAUCCAGUUUGCUACUUGUAUUCUUGCAAGCAAGAUGGCCAAGCCUACACGGACUUCGUGGAGAUGGUUGCAAAGGGUGAUUGGGUACUUGAAGAAAGUGCCCAUGGUUGGCAUUUUGCUGCGACCGGCGCGUUCUGAAGCCUGCCUCGGCUACGGGGGAAAAGCCAGCAACCUCCAGCCCGGCUCAAUGAUCGUCGUGGAGUCAGUGACUGAUGCUGAUUGGGCCGGGGACAAGCAGACAAGGCGGUCCCGGACAGCUAUCCAAAUCUAUGUUGCGGGUAGCAUGGUGGCCAGCUUUGUCAGGAGCCAGCGCUCCAUCGCACUUUCAAGUGGCGAGUCGGAGUUCAUCGCUUUGGUUGGCGGUGCCUCCGAGGCCUUGUAUGUUGCAGAUUGCUUGAAGUUUCUUGUUGAGGGGGAGGAGCUGGAGAUUGAGGUGAGAAGCCGGUCGGAUUCUGCAGCGUGCCGCGGGAUAACCCAGCGGGUCGGAUGUGGCAGGAUCAGGCAUCUUGAUGCCUCCCUUCUUUGGGUGCAGUUGGCUGUGAAAGCCAAACGGCUGGCCAUCGGCACGGUGGCUGGGACCAUGAACCCAGCCGACAUAGGGACAAAACCGUUGGCUGGAGCACGGCUGCGGGAACUUAUGUUCCUGAUGGGCGGCCGAACACCCGACCUCGAGCCCUACGGCGAACAAGACCACAACGAAGCCUGCGCAAAGCGUGGGAUGGCCAAGGUGUUCAAGGAGAUCCGAGAAAGUGGCGCAGCAGUGGGUGUGAAUACCAUCAAGCGCCACCUCCCUCUCAUGAUAUUGCUUUGCCAAGCUGCACAGGUUGAGGGCUUGAGCCUGGCAGGGCCUCUCCUGGCUAUGAUCGACGACGAGUUUGCAAGCUUGGUGUUUACAACGGCAGUUUUGGGAUUACUCUUUAUAAUGGUUUUCCUGGGUUUUCCCCUCUGCUGCUUGUGGCUUGCAAGGCGCUUGUGUUGUUUGUGGAGAGGUGAACGAAAAGCAGCGCAUGGCAAGGCCGGAGAAGAAGCGAAGGAAGUUUCAGUGCAGGCAAACAUGGGUUUGUCAAAGGCGGAAGAGCGCUUUCAGCAGGAGUACGUCGACAAGACAGUGGAGCUGCGACAGAUUGUGGCUGAGCAGCGUGAGGAGCUCAACAGGUUCGAGAGACAAGUGAGGUUGCUCAGGGAAGAGAAGCGAGCUCUUGAAAGAGAGCUCACCCUUGCAAGGGCGAGGGCUGUGCCACCUGAGCAAAUUGUUGUAGCUCCUACCAGAGGGGAGCGCUACCACCUUCCCGGUUGUGGGAAUAUCAGGAGAGUUUGGUCACGAGGCGGGGUGCAAGACAUCAGUCGGCGUCGAGCCAGAGCCAAGCCACCGGCUAAGCCGAAGCAAAAGCUGGAUACGCAGUUUGACUGCCUUUUCUGCGGCAGCUUGAAAGCGGUGGAGGUUAAGCUGGUUCGUCUCGAGAAGAUUGGGUUCUUGAAGUGCCGAGUUUGCAAUGCUGGGUUUUCGUCGCCGAUCAGCUACCUGAGCGAGGCAGUCGACGUUUAUAGCGACUGGGUUGACAAGGUUGCUGAGGUCAAUUACGAACCAGAAGAACCUGCAGCCAAGAAGAGCAAAGUUUCUGGUUGA